GAGAUUGGACUGAAAGUAGACUAGACGUGAGAGCGUGGAGGUUUAGAACGCAGGGAAAUACAAACAUAAAGGCAAAUUGUUUUAAAAAUAUAUUUAAAUCAGGUGUGCAUAGAUAUGUUUUUCAAACCACCAACCUCUAGUGGCAUCCAGGGGGAAAAUGUGAAUUUCGAGAAUCUGGGGGUGGAAAAUAGAAUCAUAGCAUCUUUGGGAGAGGUUCUUUAAGUUCAGUGAGACCCGUUUGCCAUCUGAAUACCGUGGCUUGAAGUACCCCAUAAAAAAACGAAAUUCUGGACGUAAUUACUACACCAUCCUACUUGCAAACGGGGCCAGUCCAGGACUUCCACUGAUGGCUUCAGCCCUCACACCCCCAGGCCAGGAGCCAGCAGGACAUCCCAGGCGCCACAGCAGGAUCCAUCUGGGGUCCACUGGGCCCCAGCAGAGUGCUGACACCUGCUUGCCAUCAUGGAGGAGCCUGCCAUCAAGAGGUGCCUGAAGAUGAUUCAACUCAACACUUCAGUCUAUGAAGAUGUGGCCGGGUGUCUUCCGGUGCAGGACUAUGUCUCGUAUACACACCACUGUCAUAUCAAGUUCAAGGCCCUCAGGGUGCCUACAAGAAGGCCCACAUGGCUAUUCUGUGCUCUGGGCCAGCCCCUCAGGACUGCCCCUUCCAUGAAGAGAUGGAUUGGGUGCUGCAGAUCAAGAGAUGGAUUGGGUGCACCAGCCCAGCCAACCUCAGGGAGCAGACCCGGCCAUGGGAUCUUGACCACCACAACCAGCUGACCCAGGGAAGAAAAAAAAAAGUCAUUAGCCGAAAGAUGGGCCAGAAGGGUGCUCUCCUCAGCCACAGCAGCAGCAGAGACACCAGAACCAGAGGUGGAAGACGGAGACAGAGCAUCAGUUUAAGCUAGAUGUGGAAGUGUUGGAGCUGCCCAGUGACCUCCGACUUGAAAGCCCGGCUGGUACCCAGACCAACAAGACAACCGAGAUGGAGAUUAGCCAGGAUGCCUAAGAAACUGGGCCAGAAGUCCAGAGGGGACCAGUCUCCAGAUAGAAACCAGCCUCAGAGAGAAACUUCCUCAUCAGCUCCUGGCGUGUCUACAGUGCCCCCUAGAGCACAGGUGCCACCGAUGAACAGAAAAGACUGACCUAAAAUGCCUCGCUUUCCCUCCUCCCUGGUUCACCUCGAGAGGGACUUAUGUUCACUGAACUUGAACUUCAGGCUCCAAGCGGAGGCCGUUAACGGGAAGGUUUCAAAAGGAGUCCGAGGAAUCCCCUCCUGCCGUUUACCUAAAUUGGCCAAUUGUCUCCUUUUGCCCCAUUUGCCGGCCUUUACCCUCAGUAGGAGGGGCCCUCUCUCCCCCACCAGGCCACCCGGAGGUCUUUCCCGGCCACCCACUGAGGGCCCUGCAGUUCCAGGGAUGGGAAGUUGACUUUGACGUUAAAGAAGUUAAAGAACUGCAAAACCUUCCUCAGGAGGGAACAGAUGACUUCGAGUACUUUUUUAGACGUCGAAACCCUGGGCCGCUGACUUUGCCGCUAUUCACACUUGAAGUGAGUUUAUCAGCUUUUUUCCAGUCAGACUCUUAGCUGAAAGCAGAUCCUCGCGCAAAGAAGAGUUGAUCCUCAGAGACAGGUCCAGGGCGAGGGUGUCGCCUGGCAGGGACCACCUGAAUUGGAUUCUGCAGUUUGGGAUCUUGGCGCUCACCAAGGGAAAGCUAGAAUGAAAAAAGUAGAGAACAGGGAGAGAAGAGAGAAAGAAAUAAGUUCUCCAAGGAAAGAACAAACAAAGACCUAAACAAAACAAAACCUACACGUUCUGGCUUCCCACUUCCUCUCUUUGCAGUAAAGGUUUCCCUGAGCGACUACAAAACAAAAUUCACAUAAGUGAUAGUGCUUGGUGCAAGAAGUCGGCCACCAGGGGACGUAGACUGUUGGAGAAACAUAGGCUUAAAUUCAACCUGUAACGACAAAAUUACUCAGACUUUGUCAGCGCUGUUCUAGUUCUGUUGCUUCUACAACCAGCUGUGUGGCUUCCAGAGUCCAGUGUAGACGACUGGGAGGCUGUCUGCACCUGGGACGGUGAACACUCUCAGAGUCCAGGCUCAUGGGCCGGGGGCUCAGACUGAAACCACACACCUCGGAUGGGACUCCAACCCACAGUCUUCCAACUGAAACCACACAACUUGUCUCAGGACUUAAUGAAGCUCAGGUUCUUCAUGUCUCGGCACAGAAGGAAUUCAGUGAGAGGCAAAGUGAUAGGCAGAUUCUUAACCACUGCGCCACCAGGGAAGUCCCCCCAUCUGGACUUUGAAGGUUGUAUUCAAAAGGUCCGACGGAGCUUUUUGUAAGUCAAGGAUGGGACUGCGCUGGAACCUUUCUCAAGAUGAAACACCAGCCUUCAGAAUGAAGUACUGAUGCAUGCUACAACAUGGAUGAACCUUGAAAACAUCAUGCUGCAUGAAAGAAGAUAUUUGACCCUGAGGCCAGUUCAUGGUCUCUAUCCUGCACCCACUUGAUUGAAGCCCCCAUCCAGUCCAGCAGCAGAAGUGGACGGAACUGAGUGAUUGACUACCUCCAUAAGACUCAGCUCAAGAAGAGGAGGGACACUGGGCAGUGCAGGGAGAGGAAGAAACAAAAGAGUUUAAAUGGACCAAGGAAAGGAGGCAGGAGAGGAGACAGAGACAGCCGGAAGAGGGGAGAUGGCUCCCUGCCCUCGCUUCCUCUGGGAGUGGACCAUGUGGCCGCUGGGCAUGUUGACACUGAGUCUUGAUGCAAGUUAAAGGAACUGUUUGGGAACUGAGAGCCAAGAUAAGUCCUCCAGACAGAAAUCAGCUAAAAAGCUAUGGACUGAACACUGCCACUGCAGGGGAUUCUGAGCUCCAGCUGUUCAACAGAGGAUGGUGCAUGGCUUUGCUCAUCGGCCUAAUUUAGAUGACAGAUGAUUGACCAAAAUGAGCCAUCAGAGGAUAAUGAAGACUGCUUUUUUAACAGCAAAGCCAAUUUGAUUUGUUAAUUGACGUGGCGCCAGCAGGCGGGAUCUUAAUUCCCCGACCAGGGAUCAAACCCGAGCGCCCUGCAGUGGAAGUGCGGAGUCUUAACUCCUGGACCGCCAGGGAAGUACCGAUGCUCCUAUAUCUUAAGUGUAUUUUUCUUAUGGUAAAAUAUGGACAGCACUGUGGGUGGGGAGGACAAAUCUGGGACCAAAUGUGGAAUUUCCUCUCCUGACCACCCCGCCCCCCCUUGUGUAAGUAGGUCACUGUUAUCAGUACCCGCUAGAAGAGACAGGAGUAUAGACGUGGGUACUAGCAUGUCAGUAUAAGAGGUGUGUUCCUGUGGUGCAUAAGUCCUUCGAGGGUGUAUCUCAGGGGUGUGAAAGUGUGUCUGCAAUAGCCCUCCUGGGUGUGUCAAAACAUGAUUUCACAGGCAGAAUGACCCUUAAUGUGCAGAUUCGGGUGGUGAGAGUAGAUUGAAUUCAGUCUUACGAUAAAAGAUGAAGUUUGUUGUUUGUUCCCCAGCCCGAAAGACUUCGGCAGUGCCCCCCUCGGGUGGGUCUUAGAAAGAACAGGGCAGCGGUAGACUCGUCUCUGUUUCUCCCGUCCCCUUGGGCUUUUAGCCGCCGAAAGGGGGCUGUGCGGACCUAACACAGGGCUGGAAGGAAGAGGCAUAAGUCAACUUCCUCGCCGGCGGCAACAGCGGCGGCUGUGGCCGCGCGGGUGUGCGCAUCCCGCCCCCGGGUCGGGAAGGGGCGGAGCCGGGCGGAGCCCGCCCCCCGCGGUCCCCUCUUCCCUGCUGCUCCACUGAGAAGCGCCGGCCUCUGUCUCUGCCGCCUGCAGGAAGCUGGGAGCCGGGACCCCGGGCCGGGAGUGCGGGCUGGGCUGCGUGCACGGGCUCGGCCGCCGCUGCCGGUUGCAUCCCCGUGUAGCCAUGACGACUGCCAUCCUGGAGCGUCUGAGCACCCUGUCCGUGAGUGGACAGCAUCUGCGCCGCCUGCCCAAGAUUUUGGAGGAUGGGCUGCCCAAGAUGCCCGGCACCGUCCCGGAGACCGACGUGCCCCAGCUCUUCCGGGAGCCCUACAUCCAUGCUGGGUACCGCCCCACCGGCCACGAGUGGCGUUACUACUUCUUCAGCCUCUUUCAGAAACACAACGAGGUGGUCAACGUCUGGACCCACUUGCUGGCGGCUCUGGCCGUCCUCUUGCGGUUCUGGGCCUUUGUGGAGGCUGAGGGCCUGCCAUGGACCUCUGCCCACGCCCUGCCCCUGCUCCUCUACGUCCUGUCCUCCAUCACUUACCUCACCUUCAGCCUCCUGGCCCACCUGCUGCAGUCCAAGUCCGAGCUCUCCCACUACACCUUCUACUUUGUGGACUACGUGGGCGUGAGCGUUUACCAGUACGGCAGUGCCUUGGUCCACUUCUUCUACACCUCCGACCAGGCCUGGUACGAGCACUUCUGGCUUUUCUUCCUGCCCGCAGCCGCCUUCUGUGGCUGGUUAUCUUGCGCCGGCUGCUGCUACGCUAAGUACCGUUACCGCAGGCCUUACCCAGUGAUGAGGAAGAUCUGUCAGGUGGUGCCGGCGGGGCUGGCCUUCAUCCUGGACAUCAGCCCCGUGGCUCAUCGCGUGGUUCUGUGCCACCUGUCUGGCUGCCAGGAGCAGGCGGUCUGGUACCACUCCCUCCAGAUCGUCUUCUUCCUGGUCAGUGCCUACUUCUUCUCCUGCCCGGUUCCGGAGAAGUACUUCCCGGGUUCCUGUGACAUCGUGGGCCACGGGCAUCAGAUCUUCCACGCCUUUCUGUCUGUCUGCACACUGUCCCAGCUGGAGGCCAUCCUCCUAGACUACAAGGGGCGACAGGAGGUCUUCCUGCAACGCCACAGCCCCCUGUCCAUCUACAUGGCCUGCCUCUCCUUCCUCUUCUUGGUCGCCUGCAGUGCAGCCACUGCAGCCUUCUUGAGGCAAAAAAUCAAGGCCAGACUGACCAAGAAAGAUCCUUGAGGCCGGCAGAUGGGGCGUGGUGUGGAGCUGGCCUGAUAUGAUUUGGGGAAAACUUGAAUCAACAGUAGGAGUUGACUUUUUGUUUUUUAGAGCAGGCUUUUAAAUGAGUACAUAUUUCCGAGGGUGGCUAUGGCUAUGGCAUUAGGAAGCCAAAGGGUCCAAGAGUUUUGCUGUUAUUGUUGUGAAUGAAAGUAUUCCUUUAUCCUCUGGGCUGUAGCCUUACGAGACACAGGAAGGGAAGGGACCUUGGCUAAGAUUCAUCGGACACUGAAUUAAGAACCAUCUUCAUGCCUGAAAAUUUAGUAGAAUUCUGACUGUGGCCUCCAGGGGCAAGGCCUGGUCUAAAGGGAUGAUCCAACCGGACUGGAAAAGUUAGGAGGUGGCUGGACCACACUGUAUUGAAAUGAGCAUUCUUCUAUGAUGCUGGUCUUUGGUAAUUGGGUACAUUGGCCCAAGGACCUGAUUUCAUUUGGAUUUCAGAUUGUCCGGGGUGGAGAAGUCAGAAUCUUCAAGAAGAUUCCAUAAAACCCUCAGACAUCAUGAAUUACUCGGUUCGUCUGACUUCUGGUCCCUUCUCUGGCCCACUCUAGCACUGAUCCUUUUCUCAGGAUGAUGUCUUCCUGGCUGUUUUCUCCCAAGUGCUGUUCACUCCCAUCUGUACCUUGCAUGGUGAUAGAGAGGACGAUGAAGCAGUCAUACUUCCAGGAAAUGCUUGGAUCCAUGUGGACAUUCAGGAAACUUACUCUCAUAUAAUACUAAUGGAAACAGUAGUAGAAAAUACAGUGCCAAGAGCCAUCAGGAGGUCCAGCCAGCAAGCAUGGAUACCGUUUGGUGUCAUGGGACCCUUCUGUUUUAUACCUGUGCAUUGCAGGAUUACUUGAGAUCUAUUAGGGCUGCCUUACGUGCCAGAAGAUCUGGAGCUUUUUCCAGAGCAUCUUCUCCAGAUUUUGACCAGCAUGUUCAAAAAGCCCCUGGUAGAAUGAAUUGGUUCUAAGAGUCCCACUAGGGAUCUGAUUAUUUCAAGAGGAACUCAAGGUCCAGCCUCUUAAAUAGAUGCUGCCCCAUGAAGGACCCGCAUAACUACCCUAGUUCAGGGUCCUCGGGAGGCAGUUGUACCUCAGCUUAGAGCAGCUUAAAUUAAUCAAGCCCCAGGACAGGCACAUGUGUGCAUUCAUGGUGGAUUGGUCCCCGAAGGCUCCUUUGGGUGAGGAUGGUGAACUGGGCACCCUGUAGGCAGAAUGUUCUGUUUAGGACAUAGUUGCCCAGCAGCUUCUAUGGGAUGGGGGGGGGCUUGCGGUUGAUGUGUUCUGGCCACGCAGCCCCCCUGAGGACUGCCUUCUGCAUUGAUCCAGUGAAGGGGGCUGCAUUGGAACCCUCCCCAGAGGCUGUAUUUCCUAUCAGUAUAAGGUCUCUGUUUACUAAAAAGGGAGGUGGGUUUUCAUUCCAGUUUGAUGAAUCUCCUCUCUUCCUAGAUUACUUUGUUGUCUUCAUAUCUUUGUUUUCUUCCUUUCUCUUGAGAGAUGUGUAGGGUUUGUGCCUUAUAAAUGGAAAUGUAUGAACUUAAUACACUUAAUACAUGGCCAUGUGGAAUUUUCAGUUUGGGGUUAUAGGCAUAAGGAAAAAAGAAUUAAUUGCCUUCCAACCCAUGGAUGAAGAAACUUCAGAAUACCAGAAUUGCUUAUCCAUCAGAAGACUCUUUCAACCUGUAUUUUGGAGGGAAAAAUUCAACUGAGGCUUUCCUGUAAUCUUUAUAUCAAGAAAUCGUAUGUCGGGACUUCCCUGGCAGUCCAGUGGUUAAGACUCUCCGCUUCCACUGCAGGGGGUGCGGGUUCAAUCCCUGGCCGGGGAACUAAGAUCCUGCAUGCUGUGGAGUGGCCGAAAAAAAAAAAAAAAAGCAAGCAUAUGUCUUGUCAGUUAUGUUGUUUUCCUAGAUGGAUUUCUCCUGGGAAUCCUCAAAUACCUGAACUUCUGUGCUACCCAAGUGUCUUACACGAGCUUCUGGCCUCCAGGCCAAAUUCACCGCCAAUAAAGUUAGCAACACCAAACCGGUUGAACUGAUGAACAAGGGAAUGGAAAGUUGUUGUCAACACAGUGCAAGUAGAGGGUCAGUUUAAAUGGAGAUGAGAAAGUGUCUGAAAUGUCUGUAAUUAUGGAUUCAGAGGCUAUCUUCUUUUAAAAAUUGGAAGGGAGAUGUAAGUCAAGCUCUUGCAUGUAACCGUGGUGGUCAUGGUGGGCAGAGAUCUUUAGGCCAAAUGCAGGUAUUUUUUAAGGGAGAAAACACAAGGUACAGCAGUGAUCCUCCAACGCCAUCCGCAGACCAGUGCCAGUCUGCACACUUAUUGGUCUGUGACAAGUACAGAGAGACACUAAACUCUUAGAUAUGAACAUAAAGUUCACAACAUUUUGAUUUUAAUUUACCCAAGUAUUGGUCCCUCAAGUACUGGAAAUUUAAAAAAAAUUUUUUCACCAGAGAUAUUUGAGAAGUGUUGAGGGACUACUUUCUGGUUAGAAAUUCCAGUAUCUCAUGAGAAAUAGAGAAACAGGAGAUGCAGGCGUUUUUAAAUACUCAGACUCUUAAGGGGUUAAAUACUCCUUUUAAAAUAUUUUCAUUCAAACGAUUGAAUCAGUAAGGAAGAGACCUAGUUUGUUUAAAAGGAAUAAUAAGUAUUUGAUAAAGGGGAUGGUUCUUCUUAUUCCACCAAAGCCAAAAGUUGACAUCUAUUGGAAAUUCUCCUGUUAUUGAUCUCUUUUUUACUAAGGCUUUCAAUCUAUUAAAAUGUAAAUGCCUCUGGGGAAAAAAAAACCACCAAAAACUAAACUAAACUAUUAGUCAUUUAUGUCUUGGGAAUAGAAUGGGUAUUGUAUGUGGCCCGCUACUCAGGGUAGAGAGAGGGAAUAACAGGAUGCAGCGAAUUGGGGACCUAUUUGCCUGUUUGUUUCCCUCUUGCAAGCACUUCCUGACCUAUAUUUACUAGGGAGCUAAUGUUAAUACUCUUCAGAUGUUAGGGUUUCAUCUCCCACCUUGGCUGAAAGUACCUCACUCAGUAACUCUAUUCUCAGUCCUCUACUGGAAGCUUGAAACAGUAGGCGCUCAAGCCAUGGAAUGGAGGUAGUUCUUUCCUGCCUCUGUUGCCCACCUGUUCACCAGUUGUACCCUGAUGCUUGAAAACAUUAGGUUCUUCAGUUGCCACGCUGUACUUUCAAAUGGGUCCUCCAGAUGGUGCUCAUGUCUUACUCAGAGAAGGCAUGGCCAUUGUCCCCAAGGCCUCCGCCUAAUUUUGUUGUUCCUAGGGUUUUGCUUGAUUGCUUGGCAAAGAAAAAAUAGAACUAUUUUCUGUUUAUAUAAAUCUACUUACACAAACGACCAUUUAACAGAUGUUGUAAAUGCAUUAUUGUACUCUCAACAGCUACCUUGUGUCUUUGACAAGGCCUAUCUUAAAGAAAGGUUUUAUCUAGACAAACAUUGCCAGAAGGUGAUCAGGACACUUUAUAGCCACCUAGAAGUAGGAAAGUAUAAAAGCUUUGAAAAAAAUCUCCAUACCCAAAAUCCCAAAAUAUGCUCCCCCUCCCCCAAAUCCCCACUUGUGAGUAGAUCAAAUUGGGCCCCCUCCCCAAAAGCUAUGGAGUUGAUUUCUCUAAGGAUUUUCAAUCUAAUUGAAUAAAUAUUUUAAUCUCAUGGACAAUAGUGUUAAAUAUUCCAAACUUGAAUUGAUAGACUGUAUUUUUUGAAACCUAAAAAUUAUGAACUAUACUAUUGUUAUACCAUAACAGGUACUAUGGUUGUGAAAUGUGGCACCUAUCAACCAAAGGAUUCUGUAGCCUUAACUAUUAGAUUUAAAUAGCUGUGGAAAAGGUGAUUCUACUAUCACCAUAACAGGAAGAAAACAGCAUUCUCUGGCUAGAGGCUCCACUGAUAGAAUUAUGGAUACCCCUCUUGCCCAAAUCCUUUUUAUCACCAGUAGGGACCCUGGGCAGUUUGCAAAUACUUCUGUUGUCACUGCUAAUAGUUUAACCACUCUUCAGUUAUUGAUUUAGCAAGUAUUUAUGAGCAUCUCUUGGUGGCAGACUCCAUGUUGGCUCUGGAGAUACCACAGUGAGGGUAAAAAACCGGGACCCUCCAUGCUAACAGAGGACCAGGGUCUUCCCACCUUGGGCCAUGAUAGGGGCCCCUCUCCAGGACUUGGUUCCAAUCACAGCCUGAGGGCCAGAUGGCCUGCCAGACCCACGGGAGGCUGGGACCUGCUUUGGGCCAGCCCCUUUUCAAAAGGAUUGAGCUCUCUCCUUUCCCCUCCAGAGGCUGGAAACACUUCCCACUCCAGCAAGGCUGUCACCUUAGAGUCACCUCAACCCUUCUUGAUACUCCUGCUGCCUCCCCAGCCCAUCUUCCUGCCCUCUAGUUGAUUUAAUCCAGUCCUGGGGAAUCCUUGACACAGCCAGACUCAGAGAGAAGGCCUAUAUUUCCACAGGUGGUAUAGACUUCCCAUAAAGCCCAUCCUUUAGGGAAAGGGAUGUAGGGUUCCAACCUGAGUGCAGGUUCCUGAUUUGGUAAGUUGGAAACAGCAUGCUACACCCUGGCUUCCUCCUUUGGAAAAAAAAAAAAAAAUCCACCUUAUCCCUUAUGGAAUUUUUAAAGAAAUAUUUAAUAUAGAAGGAAAAUCAUUGCAUUAAAGAGAAAAUUCAUUUAGAUAUUAACUUUGGGAGCAUAUCUACCUAAGGUAAGGGCACUUCUUACCAACAUGAUUCUCAUAGGAAAUUAUGCACUGUACUUUAGACUCUAGGAGGCCUUGGCCAAUUCAACGGCUCCAGAAUAACAGCUCAGAUUAUAUAGAGCACUAUGCUUCCCCAAAUAUUUCCACAACCAUUUGCGUUCCUAAAGAGUCAUGUGAGGUAAAACCAAAAAGAGCUCCAUUAAACCAGAAAACACACUAAGAAAGUAGAAUGAUUGCUUCAAAGUCACACAACUAGGAAUGUUUAAACUCAAAGUCCUUUUUCCUUCAGAUAAAUUCAGGGCCCAGCUAAUUCGAAACAUCAGCACCAAAUAUUUGCAGAGCCCUUUGCAGUGUGUAAAGCACUUUUUAACGUAUUGUGUAUACUUUACCUAAUCUUAUUUUAAUUUUUGUUCCUAAAUACCUCUUGAAUAGCCAGGGUUGUAUCACUUCUUUGGGAGUUAAGAAGUACAUCGUGGAUGUCCUUGGAUAUCAAAUAAAGCAUUCUCUGCAUCUCAUGGUCUCCUCAGAAACCAGAAAGUUCCAUUGGCUGUAGGCCCUCAGUGGCCUAGAUUUUAAAGUCAAAUCUCACUCUCCAGUCAUGGCUUCUUGAAAAUACCUUUGAAUCCUGGGAAGAGAAACCAAGUAUUGAUAAUCUCGCCAAGAUGAUACAACCCCGCCCUCUGCUCUUUCACUGGGAUCAUCAAUUCUUCAAAAGAUUGGGUCUCCCAGGGAUUCUGACAAGUGACAAUGACUUUAAAAAUGUUUCUCUGCCUCAUAAAAGAGUUUUGCACACAUUAGUAGGAAGGCCCCCUCAAAAGUCAUUGGUUAUUUCUCAUUUCCAAGUAAUAAAGGCUUAUUAAAGAAAAUGCUAAAAAAUAGAGAAAAAAGAUAAUUCAUGGACACAUCACUAAAAUUAGUCCCUUCAGAGUAAGAAUAAGGCCAUGUCAAAAUGUUGUCAAUAAGUAAAUUAGCAGUGUGAUAUAAAGCUUCCUGAAAAGCCAGAAGUUAGGAAUUUUUAGGCAACCUAAUACUUUGAUUCUGUAAAGUACAAAAAAUCAAUCAACAGUCUGGCUCAGUUUACAGUCACAUGACACUCCCUUCUGACAUUUACGUAGGUAAUUUGCUGGUGCUGUGGCUGGGACACUGGCUUAUGAAACAAAGCCAAUGAUACAUUAUCUCGCGUUGAAAGAACUGUGUGUGUGAAUCCAGCCCCACACUCCACAAACACUGAGCCACAGGUGCCAGUCCCUGUUCUAGGCACCAGGGAUACAGCCAUGGACAAAACAAAUCCCAGCCCUGACAGAGCCUUACCCUCAGCAGUGGGGGGGCUAGGGCAAGACAAACAACAAACCGGGACUUCCCUGGCGGUCCCGUGGUUAGGACUCUGCCUUCACUGCGAAGGGACACGGGUUCAAUCCCUGGUGGGGGAACUAAGAUCCCACAAGCUGCGCGGCCAAAAAAAAAAAAAAAAAAGACAAACCAAAUAAAUACAUCAGAGAGUUAAGGUGUUAGAAGGUGUUGGUGCCAAGGAGAAACAGAAAGCAAGGAAGGAGAGGCCAGAGGGAUGGAGUGAGUGUGCAACUUUAACCAGGACCAGGGGAGACUACAGAAAGAGGUGUGUGUGUGUUUUUCUCCCCCCGGGGCAGAGAAAAGAAUUGCAAGGGCCCUGAGGCCAGACCCUGCCUGAACCGAGAGGGGUCGAGGAGUCAGAGAUGAGGACAGAUUGUGAGAUCCUUGUAAGGAGCCGGGCUUUUACUGUGACUUCAGGAUGGGGAAUGCUGGGGAAGAAUCCUGCCCAAGAAAAUUGCAGGGUAGCCAUUUAUCUAUGUGGACUAAUUACUAAUUGCACAUGACCUUUGCUGGCAGAACAUAGAGCAAAUUCUGUUGCCUGCCAUCUACACGAAACCAGUUUAUCAUUUAAGUUAUUCUACUUGUGGGCUUAGCCCUAUAGGUUGCAUUCCUGUGGACACACUCUCGUGCUCACAGGAUUCUUCCCAAAUUCUCAGAGCAUUUUUUAAGCUCACAGGAUGCUGACCUCCACUUCCUAGACAGGCUUUGAAUGUUUCCUUAAGUCCUACUGACCCUGGUUUGUGCUCUGGGUAAUCCUCCAGGCAGAAAUGCAGUGAAACAUCCAGGGCAGAAUCUGCAAACCAGGAAUAAUAACAACUUGAACAGUGUACAUUAUUUAGUGCUCACUCCUUGCCAAGUCCUUCACUGAGCUGUUUGCUUAGAUUCUUUCCUUUAACCCUCAUGUAAUCCUCGGGAGGUAGGUACUGUUAUUGCUCCCACUUUAUAAAUGAGGAAACUGGUAGAUUAAAUAAAUUUCCCCCAAACUACCUGCUAUUAAGUAAUAGAAUCUCACAGAAACUCAGACCUUUACCAGUUGGGUGAACUGGAAAAAGUGUAGAAUUGAAAGGGAAAUGUAAUGAGGAUUUUUUUUU